AUGAGACCGGCCACAGGGCGGCGGAGCGGGGGACGGGCAGAGGAGCAGCGCGGAGGCGGGCCGGCAGCGGGCGGCCCCGGGGCCGCAGCGUGGGGAGCGCCGGGCCGGGCCGGGGGCGGCAGCGAAGCGUCGGGGCCGGGGGCGGCCGGGGAGACCCGCGCUGCGCCGCCGCCGCCGACCGCCCGUGACAGCUCCGAGGCCUUGGAGCGGAGCCACGGUGGUCCGGGCAACGGCAUUAAACAGGAGGAAACAGACGGGGGAUUCCGUCAUUUCAGCGGCGAGGGGGGAGGGGGGAGGCGCGGCCAGGAAAGGAGAGUCCCGAGGAAGAAAGCGCGGCUCGCACCCGCCCGCGCUCCGAGCCGAACCGCGGAGCUCGCCUCGACCGCCGGGCGCUGCGCCGGGAUACCCGCCACCGUCGGGGCCGCGGUGACGGGCGGUGACGGGCGGACGGAGGAAGGGGGCGCUGCCGAGCGGCCCCCCACGCCCCCUGGCGGCACCCCGGACGGGCCCUCCCCGCGGCGAGCCGAGGUGCCGCCGACUGGCAGCGGGCAGGUGGGAAGGGGCCGAUGGCCGCGGAACGGCGGCGGCCUCUCCGCGUUUUUCUCGAGUGGAGCCCGUCCUCCUUUCUGCUUCGGUUUUGCCUUUCCUGACGUGAGCGGGUCGCUCCGUCUGGGGGAGGGAAGUUCCUCGAGCGCCCCGGGGACCCGCGAGCGGUGGCACCGGGCGGGGGACGGGGGGCCGUCGGUGCCCGCCGGUGCCCGCCUCCCGCUGGCCGAGGCCCGGCUGACAUCACGAUCCCGGGGCGGGGAGAGGGGCCGGGAGGGGAAGGGAGGUGGGGGGUGUUUUCCAGCUUUAAAAAGGCGGCGCCGGGCGCGCAGCCCUGCGUCAGAGCGAGACUUCCCUGCUCCGCUCGCCCGCUCGCCCCGUCACCUCCUGCGGCACCCGGCAGCCGAGCGGCGCCCGCCGGCCCCGCCGCCCCGUCCCGCCGCCGCGGCGCGGGCAGUGCCUCAAGUCCCCUCGCACACCGCCCUCCCCUCCAUGCCCCGGCCCCGGGGGGGCGGUGGCGGUGAGCUCCCGUGCCUUCGCGGCUGCGGCUCCCGCGUCGGGGGCGGCGCGGCCCCUGCCCCCGGGGCGUGA